AAAUUCUGUUCAUAUGCAUAUACAAUAUCUCUCCUCCUCUCUUUUCAUCUAAACAAAUAAAAGAGCCAUGAGCUGCUCCGCCGAUCUGCUGGCGCCGCUCUUCGGCCACAACGCGACGAACGCCGCCGCCGCCGCCCAGUACAUCUGCGGGCAGUUCGACGCCGUCGCCGACCGCUUCACCGACACCGGAUUCGCCAUCGACACCACCUACCUCCUCUUCUCCGCCUACCUAGUCUUCUCCAUGCAGCUCGGCUUCGCCAUGCUCUGCGCCGGCUCCGUCCGCGCCAAGAACACCAUGAACAUCAUGCUCACCAACGUCCUCGACGCCGCCGCCGGCGGCCUCUUCUACUACCUCUUCGGCUUCGCCUUCGCCUUCGGCUCCCCCUCCAACGGCUUCAUCGGCCGCCACUUCUUCGGCCUCAAAGACGUCCCCACCUCCUCCUUCGACUACAGCAACUUCCUCUACCAGUGGGCCUUCGCCAUCGCCGCCGCCGGCAUCACCUCCGGAUCCAUCGCAGAGCGCACCCAGUUCGUCGCUUACCUAAUCUACUCCUCCUUCCUCACCGGGUUCGUCUACCCCGUCGUAUCGCACUGGUUCUGGUCUGGUGACGGCUGGGCCAGCGCUUUUAAUACGGGUAAUUUAUUAUUCGGAUCCGGCGUCAUCGACUUUGCCGGGUCGGGCGUGGUCCACAUGGUCGGCGGCAUCGCCGGCCUCUGGGGCGCCCUCAUAGAAGGCCCCAGAAUCGGCCGCUUUGACCACACAGGCCGCGCUAUAGCCCUCCGCGGCCACAGCGCAUCGCUAGUGGUUUUAGGGACAUUUCUCUUAUGGUUCGGGUGGUACGGCUUCAACCCCGGGUCAUUUAAUAAAAUCCUGGUCCCUUACGUGGCAAAGAGCUACUACGGGCAGUGGUCCGCCGUGGGGAGGACGGCGGUGACCACCACUCUCGCCGGCUGCACGGCGGCGCUGACGACUCUAUUCGGGAAGAGGAUCCUCUCCGGGCACUGGAACGUGACGGACGUCUGCAACGGGCUGUUGGGCGGGUUCGCGGCGAUCACGGCGGGGUGCUCGGUGGUGGAGCCGUGGGCGGCGGUGGUGUGCGGGUUCGUGGCGGCGCUGGUGCUGAUCGGGUGCAACAGGCUGGCGGAGAAGGUCAAGUUCGACGACCCUCUGGAGGCCGCGCAGCUGCACGGGGGGUGCGGGACGUGGGGGGUGAUAUUCACGUCGCUGUUCGCCUCGGAGAAGUAUGUGAACGAGGUGUACCCGGGGAAGCCGGGACGGCCGUACGGGCUGUUUAUGGGAGGCGGGGGGCGCCUGCUGGCGGCGCAUGUGAUCCAGAUUCUGGUGGUGGUCGGGUGGGUCAGCGCCACCAUGGGUCCGCUUUUCUACAUAUUGCAUAGGCUGAAGCUGCUUCGGAUCUCAAAGGAUGAUGAGCUGGCGGGUAUGGAUAUGACCCGGCAUGGUGGUUUUGCUUAUGUCUAUGAGGAUGACUCGCAUAAACAUGGGAUUCCUAUGAGGAAAGUUGAGCCAUCUCCAAAUCAAAUUUAGACUUUUAAUUAUAUUUAUUUUUAUCUCUUUUUUUUUAGUUGAGGGGAACUCUCUUGUUCUUAUGUCAUUAUGUGAUAUGCAUUUAUGAUAUUUUAUUUUGGUAUGUAAAGAUUUUAAGAGAAUUUUUGAAUGGUUA